GUUCAGUUGCUCUGAUCAGACUUAUAAAAAGGGACGUUGUCCAACCUGUGUUUUGCUGUUGGUGCAUCCACCAGAAGAAGUUCACCAUGAUGCGUGCAGCCGUCGGGAUCUGGAUCUUAUCAGCAGUGAUCUGCUUAGGAAGAGGCCAUCACCACGAUCAUGGUCACCAUGGUGACCAUAAACAGGGUCAUGGCCAUGGUCGAGCGGAUCAAGAAAGCUUCCUUCAGGUGACUUCAGCAAACAAAGAGUUUGCCUACAGUCUGUACAGGAAAUUGGCAGCUCAUGCCGACUCUGAAGGAAAGAAUACCUUCUUCUCCCCGAGUAGUGUCUCCGUUGCCUUGGCUGCCUUGUCCGUAGGAGCACGGGGGGACACCCACCAUCAGCUUUUUAGGGGUCUGGGUUUCAACAACUCCUUACUGACGCAGACAGAUGUCGAUCAGUCCUUCCAAAAGCUCCUUAAAAAGACCAAUGACACAUCUCAGGACAUCAGUGAAGGGACCGCUGUAUUUGUGGACAACAAGUUCAAGGCGAAGCCCGACUUCCUGGAGACGUUGAUGCAGUCCUACCUUGCAGAUGGGUUCACCGUUGACUUCACCCAGACCACAGAUAGUGCCAAUACCAUCAAUAAGUACGUGGAGGAUAAGACCAAUGGGAAGAUAGACAAGCUGGUUGAGGUUCUGGAUCCAAGCACAGUCAUGUAUCUCAUCAGCUACAUCUACUACAAAGGAAAGUGGGCAACUCCAUUCGAUCCCAAACUCACCGGGGAAGACAUGUUCAUGGUGGAUGGGAAAACAAAGGUUCCAGUCCAGAUGAUGUAUAAGAACAGGCGUUCCGAUAUCUAUAUCGACAGGGCAAUUAACACAUCAGUCCUGCACCUGCCCUUCAACAGCUCUUACUCCAUGCUGCUGUUGUUACCUGAUGACAUGUCAACUCUGGAGAAUGCCAUUAGUCCGGCACACGUCACCAAAUGGUUCAAGUCGAUGACGUCCAGUGAACACAGGGUAUAUAUUCCAAAGUUCUCCAUCAAGACUUCCUACAAACUGAAUGAUGUGUUGGUGGAAAUGGGAAUGACGGACAUGUUUGGUGAACGUGCGGAUUUGAGUGGCAUUUCAGAUGCAAACCAACUCUCCGUCUCAGAGGUUGUUCACCAAGCUACCCUGGAUGUCGAUGAGGCCGGAGCCACCGCUGCAGCUGCCACUGGCGUUGGCAUAAUGCUUACGUCCUCCUUCUUCACCCCUGUGUUGAAGUUCAAUCGUCCAUUUAUGGUUAUGAUCACUGAACGCAACACAGAUAAAGUGCUCUUCAUGGGAAAGAUUAUUAACCCAAACCUCUGAUGGAACAGGCAUUUAAUGUUUGCUUGGGGGUAGCUGUUGAAUCACAUAUAAAAUACUGAGAAAAUCCCUU